AUGGAAGAUGUGCUAAUGGACCAGGAUGGUGCUGAUCCAGAAAGCAGUCCAUUGACAGUUCUUUAUAUAGAAGAAGCUUUGAGAAGAUCAUUUCUAUUCAGCCCGCAAUUGUGCAAUGAACCAGAAAACUGGGUUGCCAAGAUACACAAGGAGUUGGGGAUCCUUGAGGAACAGCUACCUGAGACCAUAUACGCGAGGGCUUAUGAAUCGAGGAUGGAUCUUUUAAUAGCGGUAAUUGUCGGACCACAGGGGACUCCUUAUCAGGGCGGCCUCUUCUUGUUUGAUGUGUGUUUCCCAAGCAACUAUCCUGCUAGCCCACCUCUUUUGCAUUAUCACUCUGGUGGUCUGGCUAUCAAUCUGAGUCUGUUCAAGAGUGGUGAGGUUUGUUUGGAAGUUCCUACCCAAAGUGGUGGGUUGGAGUCGAUGUGGGUGCCUGGCAUGACGACUAUGCUCCAGCUUCUGGUCUCCAUACAGAAUCGGAUAUUGAAUGUCGAUCCGUUGUUCAACGAGCUUGCGUAUGCAACUAUGAAAGGCUCUUCUUAUGGAUAA